UCUAAAUGGCUGGCCACUGCAAUAACGAGCGCCUGGAAGCUGCAUUGAUCUUGGGAGAUGUCUUUCUCGAAAAUGCAGCAGCUUCUGCAGCUGCCAUCUCUCUACUGCCCCCUGCCAAUCCGCGGCCUUCGAAGCGUGCCCGCAAAGAAAAGGCCAACGGGUCUCAAGAAGAUGUUACUUCGGCGUCAUCAAAUGAAGUAGCAGACUGCCUGGCAGCAUUGCAGGAGGUGCUGUCUGGGCUGCCAGAAUUUGAAGAGCCUCCAGAAGCCAAGGGACAGUGGUCUGUCCGCCAGACUGUCGUCCAUGAGAGGUGGGAAGCUGCACGGCCAGGUCUUCUGGAUGCCCUUUUGUCUGCAGCUGAAGUGGGGGACACAUCAUGCAGCUAUUGUGGAAGAAAUGCCGUUGUUCGCUGCCUUGAUUGCCUCCCAAGGCAUUUCUUUUGCAGCAGGUGUGACCUCAAACAUCGCCACCAUGUCUUGCAUGACCGGGAGCACAUGCUGAAUGGCUUCUUUAAGCCCAUCCCACCCACUGACAUCAUCGUGGAAUCCAGCGACGGAUACUCCCUCGUCUCAGAGGCCCGGCUGCUCCCAGUAGCUUUCCCUGGUGCCUGCUCCACCUGCAGAGCCUCUGUAGAGGUCAGGCCAGGACGAUCCGUCACAUUAGUAACCAUGAAAGGGAGCAGACAACGACUCCGAUCCAGCUAAAUUACUGUCCACUUCACAACACGUCACACACCCUAGAAAAAUGCAGAUGGUUUAGAAGA